AUGCGGUCUCGCUUUCUUCCUUCGACGGCAUCAUCACAGUCCAAUUUAUCGGAGACCACCAUAGAGGCAUCUUCUGCCGGACCCCAGAAGAAAACAUAUGAAAAGCUUCUGAUUUCGAAGGGGAAAAGGACCUAUCUCAACGACAAUGAAGGACGAUUUAUCUACCCCCUACCCGUCGACCUCAUCGAGUCGAAUCGUCACGUUAUGAUGGCCCUCCUCACAUCGGCUGUCUUCGAAACGCCGCUCCUGUCGCCGGAGCUUCUGCAAAACCCACCCCGCCGCGUCCUCGAGAUCGGCUGCGACACCGGCUUCUGGAGUUCUUUGUGCCAUCGGUACUUCCAAAGCAGGGGCCACCAAGUGUCUUUCGUCGGCAUCGAUAUAAAGGCCCCAACUGGCGUCAACGAAUCUUAUCAGAACUUGGGCAUGGAUUGGCAGUAUAUCCAGUAUGAUCUGCGUGAGCCGGAAUGGCCCGUCGAGGACGGAUCCGUGGACCUCGUGAUGGCACGGAACAUGGCACUAGUUUUCGACGGGCUGGGGUACUCACACGCUACGAGUGAGGCCGUACGGGUGCUGAAGCCCGGCGGCACCUUCGAGUUAUGGGUGCACGAUUUCGUAAUCCGAUCGCUCAAGCCAGAGGUACAGGCUGAGUGUGACCCAGAUCAUACCCGCCUGGGGGUCUACCCGAUCGGGAAGACAGAUUCAUUGGGACCACCUAUCAAUCCGUACAUCAAGGAGUAUAACACAUGGCUGACGACAGCACUCGGGGACUUGGGCUUGUCAGCAAUGCCAUCCGCCUUGGUUGGACCACUACUGACAGGGCAUCUUGUCGAAGGCGCAGAAGCUCUGGAAGAAAUAAUUAGUAAGAGAGUGGCCGUUCCGCUAAGCACUAUCAAAUGGGAGCGUGAGGGCGGACGUCCAAGGGUUCUGACCAAGGAUCAGGCUGCCAUUCGCCAGUCUACACGGGACAAUUUUAUCGGGAUGGUCGAGGCCUUCGAGUCUUUGCUCAGGAAUCCUCAUCUGAGGAGAGAUUAUGAAUGGGAAGAAUGGCUCGAGAGGGCAAAAGUGGACUGGAUGCAGAGGAGUGGUUUAAGUAUGGGUGAAUGCUUGGAGUUUGGAGUAUUCUGUUUCAAGAAAAAGAUAGAUUGA